AGGGUUUAUGCUUAAAACCACACCCAUCAAACCAAAACGCAGCCUCUCUCUCUCUCUCUCUGCUAAAACCUCUCGUAACCUCACUUUCUCCACCUCUAAAACCAAAACACCACAAAAUCCUUCUCUUCUUUUCUCUCCUUUUGCCUUCUCUUUCUUUUUUUAUUCAACUUCUUUUGUCCUUUUUUGGUGGUGUUCAUAGAAAGUAAGAUUCUUUAGAAAUUUUGCAAAGUUGUGAGUGAUUCUCGAUUUAUGGCUUCAAGGGCUUCAAGAAGGUUACUUAAAGAUUUUUUGCUCAGAAGGGUUACUUCAACUCCUGUUAGUAGUGUUAGACAUUUCUCGUCUUCUUCUUCAUCAGAAACUGCUCCUAAAAUUCCUCAUUUCUCAAAGAAGGGGAGGUUGUUAACAGGUGCGACCAUAGGACUGGUUAUAGCUGGAGGAGCUUAUGUUAGUACAGUGGAUGAAGCAACUUUCUGCGGUUGGCUAUUCAAUGCAACGAAACUCGUGAAUCCAUUUUUUGCUCUUCUAGAUGCUGAGUUUGCUCAUAAGCUUGCUGUCUCAGCUGCUGCUCGUGGUUGGGUUCCGAGGGAGAAGAGGCCUGAUCCAUCAGUUUUAGGACUGGAAGUUUGGGGAAGGAAAUUCUCCAACCCUAUUGGUCUAGCUGCUGGCUUUGAUAAAAAUGCUGAGGCUAUUGAUGGCUUGCUCGGGUUAGGUUUUGGCUUUGUAGAAGUUGGCUCUGUUACCCCUGUUCCACAAGAGGGUAAUCCAAAGCCACGAAUUUUUAGAUUGCGCCAGGAAGGUGCAAUUAUCAAUCGUUGUGGAUUUAAUAGUGAAGGCAUUGUAGCUGUUGCAAAGCGAUUGGGUGCACAACAUGGGAAACGGAAGUUGGAUGAAACUUCAAGCGCUUCAUCUACCUCGAACAAUGAUGUCAAACACGGAGGCAAAGCUGGCCCUGGCAUUCUCGGGGUCAAUCUGGGGAAGAACAAAACAAGUGAAGAUGCUGCUGCAGAUUAUGUACAAGGGGUUCAUUCAUUAUCCCAAUAUUCUGAUUACUUGGUAAUUAAUGUGUCAUCACCCAAUACUCCUGGAUUGCGUAUGCUUCAGGGAAGAAAGCAGUUGAAGGACCUUGUUAAGAAGGUCCAAGCUGCUCGUGAUGAAAUGCAAUGGGGUGAGGAGGGUCCUCCUCCAUUGCUUGUGAAAAUUGCACCUGACUUGUCAAAGGAAGACCUUGAAGACAUUGCAGCAGUUGCUCUUGCACUCCGCUUGGAUGGUCUGAUUAUAUCAAAUACAACCAUAUCAAGACCAGAUUCUGUAAAGAAAUCCCCAGUGGCCGAGGAAACUGGUGGCUUGAGUGGGAAACCUCUCCUCAAUCUGUCUACCAAUAUCUUAAAGGAGAUGUUUAUUUUGACAAGGGGAAAGAUUCCUUUGAUAGGCUGUGGGGGUGUUUUCAGUGGUGAGGAUGCAUACAAAAAAGUAAGAGCUGGAGCAACUCUUGUUCAGCUUUAUACAGGAUUUGCCUACGGCGGACCUGCCCUAAUUCCUCGAAUAAAGGCUGAGCUGGCCGAGUGCUUAGAAAGGGAUGGUUUCAAGUCCAUCUCGGAGGCAGUUGGUGCAGAUUAUAGGUAGUGUAUCCCAGGUUUUUCAACAAUGAGAGAGAAGACUGUCGCAGCAUGCAGGCAAUACACCAUAACAGAAACAAAUGGAAAGAACGAACAUAAAACAUAUGGAGAUCUCAGCUCUAUAUAUAUUUCGUUUGUUGAGCAAUCUUUACUCUAUUAAGUGGUCGCUACAGUUUUGUUUUAUCUCAGUUCCCCCCUGCAAAAUCUCCAGUCCCUUUUUCUGAUGUUUUCUGUACAAUAAGAACAAGUUUGGAGGGAAAUAGAAAUUCCAGGAAAGAGGGUUGUGAGUUUUGCUAUCGUACAGAAUACACUUUUUUCUAAUAUAAAUUUUAAGAUGUGCGAGCCAAUCGCCAACUGGUCCAA